AUGUUUUAUGAGAAGUUUCGAGGGAAUAAUACAUGCGUAAAUUCAGUGUCUAGAUAUGACUUUGUGUAUAAUUUGCAAAAGUAAUAAAAUGAUGGCUUAAUGAGCUGUUCUAAUGCGCAAUUAAAUUUGAUCAUAAUCAACUGGAGUUUUACUUUGAGAAAAUAAAUGCUGAUAAUAGGUAGUGCAACCAUUUUAUAUUAUAAAUUAAUGAUAGAUAGUGACUUUUCUUAACUUGUUAUCCUUCUUGUUAUUGAUUUAAAAACGUAGUGUCAAUUAUGUCUUGGAGUUGAAGUUAUUGCUCAAAAUGUGGUACAGUCACUUGAAUUCGUUAAAUAAUGCUUCACAAGGUUAUGUCCCAACUUGCUAACCAAUAAUUAUCCUUAAAUACCAUUGAUAAUUAGGUCUAGAACUAUAGAUUUACAAUGA